AUGGCCGAACCCGUCCGACGAAACGUCAAUCAGACCAACGGCACCACAAAUGGAAAUGCGCAUCACCAACAAGAUGGCACCAUGCACUCGAUUGAGCAGAAGUUGGAAGAGCAAGCGGAGCUACUUGCGCGAAACCCACAAGAGCAGAAGGAAGCAGGUCUCUUCCAACUAGUGAUAUGUGUAGCAGGUAUAUACGGUAGUUUCAUGACCUGGGCGUGGAUCCAAGAGCGUCUAACAACCACCACCCACGGCCCCACACACCAACGCUUCACCUACUCCAUCUUCCUCAACACAGUACAAUCCGCCUUCGCCGCCAUAACCGGCCUCAUGUACCUCUUCCUCUCCGCCCGCAAAGACCCCGUCACCGGCACGCGGAAAGUGCUUCCAAUCUUCCCUUCGCGCGCCAUCCUCCUGCCCCUCCUCGGCAUCGCCCUCACCUCGUCGCUCGCCUCGCCCUUUGGCUACGCCAGUCUAAAACACAUCGACUACGUAACCUUCAUCCUAGCCAAGAGUUGCAAACUGCUACCCGUCAUGUUUCUGCACAUCUCUCUGUUCCAGAAGCGGUAUCCGCUGUACAAGUACGCCGUCAUUGGUUUCGUGACGUUGGGCGUGGCUGUGUUUACUUUGUACAGUCCGUCGACGGCGAAGAAGGCGGCGAAGAAAGGUGUGAAGGCGGAUGCGUCACAGAGUAUUGGGCUGGUGCUGUUGGGAGUGAAUCUACUGUUUGACGGCCUUACGAAUACGGUCCAGGAUCAUAUUUUCACCUCCUUCAAGGGCUUUACUGGACCUCAGAUGAUGUGUGCGCAGAAUAUCAUGUCGACGGCGUUGACGGUGGGCUAUCUGUUGGUUACGCCGCUGUUGGCGAGUACGCCUCUGAGCGCUUAUCUCGGUACUGCGUCUUCGGAACUCUCUGAUGCCCUCAACUUUAUUACACAGUAUCCGACCGUGGGCUGGGAUGUUCUCAUGUUCUCGGCGUGUGGAGCUAUUGGUCAGGUUUUCAUCUUUCAUACGCUCGCCCACUUUUCUAGUCUGCUGCUUGUUACCGUUACCGUGACGAGGAAGAUGCUGACUAUGGUAUGGAGUGUGUGGUGGUUUGGACACGAGAUUACGGGCAUGCAGUGGCUUGGUGUGGGGCUGGUGUUUGGUGGCAUUGGUGCCGAGGCUGCGGUUGGGAGAAGGGAGAAGGCGAAGAAGGCGGCGGCCAAGAAGGCGGCCGAGGCGGAGAAGAAAAGGUAGAGUGCAUGUUGAGGUGUGUGGAGGUGUUUGGAAGUGAGAAGAGGAGAGAUACAACGCAUUCUAGAGGGAUAGAGAUGGAAUAAUUUUGUGUUUGAGUUUUCGAAAAGAUCGAUAGAGCAGACUAUAUAUCAUCUUAUCAUGC